UGACGGACAACAACAUUGCAGGCCAGUCGCUUAGGUAGCAGUAGUGAAGGUAGGGCGGAGAAGCACGGUUACAACCAACUGUUUAAAAAGAUGUCUGUCAACAACCAGUAACAACAUUUAACCAGUUGGUUUGCUGAGUCACUUUUCAAGUAUUUCAACUUCAGGGUAGUCCGAAAUUGUAGUCGUCGAGCUUGGAAAGAGGGGGAAACUACUAGCGAGAGGCAGCUUUUAGGCUUGGUGGAGAGGGGAACACUCGGUAUAUCCUCGGACUGAACAUGACAAUGUCCCUAAUCCAAGCCUGCCGCAGUCUAGCUCUCUCAACAUGGCUGCUAUCCUUUUGCUUCGUGCAUUUGCUGUGCCUGGACUUUACGGUGGCGGAGAAAGAAGAAUGGUACACCGCGUUUGUCAACAUUACUUAUCUGGAUCCCGUGACUUCAGAAAUCAAAACAGAGAAGACUGAGUGUGGAAGAUAUGGCGAGCACUCCCCCAAGAAAGAAGCAAGAGGGCAAGUGUUGAUGCCUUUGCUCUUGCAAGAAAGACAAGCUUGCGACCCAAACGCUAAGUAUCCCCUGCCUUAUCAAAACAAUGCUUGGGUGGCGUUAAUAGCUGCAGGGAAUUGUACAUUCAGAGAUAAAAUUCGCAACGUCGCUGCACUCAACGCUUCUGCAGUCAUCAUUUAUAACGUGGGCUCCACUAAUGUCAACGAUACCAUAACAAUGCCCCAUCAAGGUACGGGGGAUAUCGUGGCGAUCAUGAUUCCGGAACCCAAAGGUCGGGAGAUCGCCGCUCUACUACAACGCAACGUCACGGUGACCAUGCACAUCACCAUAGGAACGAGGAACCUUCAGAAGUACGUGAGCAGAACGUCGGUGGUGUUCGUCUCCAUCUCCUUCAUCGUCCUGAUGAUUAUCUCCCUGGCAUGGCUCAUCUUCUACUAUAUACAGCGGUUCAGAUAUGCCAACGCUCGGGACCGCAACCAGAGACGUCUCGGAGACGCAGCCAAGAAGGCCAUCAGUAAGCUCCAAGUACGAACCAUCAGGAAAGGAGACAAGGAAACGGAGUCUGACUUUGACAACUGUGCUGUGUGCAUCGAGGGCUAUAAAGCGAAUGAUGUUGUAAGGAUAUUGCCAUGCAGGCACGUCUUCCAUAAAAGCUGUGUGGACCCCUGGCUUCUGGACCACCGGACCUGUCCCAUGUGUAAAAUGAACAUCCUCAAAGCACUGGGGAUACCUCCCAACUUUGACUGUGGGGAUGACAUUCCGCCAGACUAUGAGAUGUCAGUGGGAGGCCCGCCCACCAACCCCAUCACAGGGGCCAGUGACAUCACGGUGAACGGGGAGGAGAGCUCGGUGGUGCUGGACCCCAUGGACAUGGAAAGGACGAUAGGGCUGCCACAGGUCUACCACGACGCCCACGAGACACUACCACAGGCCGGGGACAGCCGACACAUCGCCAGCAGUGAGCACCAGCCCCCACUGAGCAGCGACUCGGACACCUCCCUCAUCCUGGCUGUGGAGGUGGGUCUGUCUGACAUGGAGCUCUCCCUCGGGCACGACCGUGACGAGGCCAAGUCCUGAGCCAAUCAGAGCCAAGCAGGAAGGAAGCUCACAGGGUUGCCAUGGAGAUGAGAAACGAGACCGAAGGUGCAGCGCCUGUCCCCCUGAUGGGAGGUAGUGGCUCCAAAUAAAUAAGAGACAACCAAGCAAUAGAACCCAUAGCAGUGCAACACACCUAUCUGUCCCCACUGCCUCAUCUACUCCCAACUAUGGUUCCUCCUGUCCUGCCUCACUUUUCUGACUACAGUCACGUUCAGUAGCCAUGGAAACCAGGCAGCCAAUCACAGCUCUUGUUAUUAGCCUCUGGACUGGGGGCACCUCUGUUAGUUGUCUCCAUGUCACCAUCACUUUAUUGACUCUGUGACAUUUUGAUUUCUUUCUACGAGAUCAUCACUGCCAACGUAUUCCAGAAUGAAACACGGAAAUCUUUACAUCUAGUUAUAGGAAUAUCUAUCUAUCUAUAUAUGGUCAAUAUAAGCCUCCUGCAGCAUGGGCUUUGAGUGUCAAAAACAGUUAGUGCGUGUUUUGAGUGACCAGCAUUUACUUGUGGUAAACUUGAAGCAGAUGUUUUUUCACCAUCUCUGCUUGAAAUAAUUUCAAUAACAUUCAACAUUGUUGGUAUUGUAGCAUUUACAUUAUGCACAUAUUGUCAAGCAUUUCUAAAUAUCAGAUUGUUAAAUUGCAUCCUUAUCCUUCAUUUAGGGACUAUAGUUUUUUCCACUUCUGAAGUACUGUACACCAUGUGUUGUGGAGACAAUCUAAACAACCAAGAGUUUGUUUUACCCCACCAGUCGACAGUCACAGCCCACAGUAAUGGAGAUUUGUAGUGAUGAUGUCAGCCAGUCAGCUACUGUCCUGUUUCAUCGCUUUAUUAGCACCACCAGUAACUCAACACAGGAGGCUAUUGUAGUGGCUGAUGGGAAUUUAAUUCAAUUUUAAUGUCAUGUCAUCUCCCAGUCGAGCCACCCAAUAGCAUGUGGUGAAAUCGUCUGUUACCUAACAUAAUGUGUCUGCAGUGCUGUGCCAAGCUCUUGCAGUUUAGUUUUUUUGUAUUGAUGUUGCUUCUGUUUCUAGAAGACAAAGCGAGAUGGCAUUGUGGGUGUGUUGAUUUCACCCAUUGGUUGGGUAGUGAAAAUCACAUCGAAGUUGUCUGUCGAUUUAAAAGUAAAUAACAUUUUGCUACACUACCGUUUAAAAAGUUGGGGUCACUUAGAAAUGUCUGUCCUUGUUUUUGAAAGAAAAGCAAUUUUUUUG